AAUAAGCUGGGGUCAGAGCCGAGGAACCACCUCCUGUUGAUAAAACUGUUUAGGCCGCUUUUCUCGCGAGGGAAGCGUCCCCAGGGUGUGCACUGGCCAUUUCUGAACGCCAGUUACCACCAACCAAAGGUCCUAGGAGUGCUGUUUACUCUGCCUUUGCGACUCUCUAGGGGCAUAAGCGUGAGGAUAAAAAAGCAAAUUCUCUUCAUUGCCCCUGAUGCUGCUAGGUGGUUCCCAUCCUUUGGUUCUGUCUCGUUAUAAUCCUAAUUCCCUACCCCAAUUUAGGCAAAUGGCAGGCCCCUAGCGACUGAUUUAAUGGGGAGGGGUCUGACACAGCAAGAUGAGGAAGCUGUUGUCCCCUUUACCAUGUUUUAAAGUUAAAUUUGAAUCUUACCAGGAACCAAACACUGACGUUGUCCUCCAGGAGCUUAUAAACGCUUUUUAAAUGGUUGAAAAAAAAAUCAAAAUCAUCUCCAUCGUCUUCGUAAUAAAAGCCGCUCCCAUCUAUUGAUACUUUCUGCUUGUCCGGUAGUAUAGUGAUUGCCAUACGUGUGUUAGUUCCUUGAAUUCUCACAGACUCUCUUUGAGACAGAUGUGCUGAUUAUCCCUAUUUUACAAAUGAGGAAACUGAGGCACAGAGAUGGUAAGUGAAUUGCCAAGAACAGACAGCUAGUAUGUGCCUGAAUGAGAAACAUUUUCCCCCUUUAUUGCCUCUACAAGAUGUUUAUGUCUUUGGGAGGACUGAUGGGUAAACAGCCAGCUAGGAUCUGAAAACAAGGCAAGAUGUGUUCUGUGUUACUUUUACCAUUCCUUUCAGUUACAUUUCUGAUAGAGCUCUGAUAAGGAGCAGGUAGCAGAGCCAUGAGUCUAUGGGGUUUGCAAAGAGGCUCAUUUGUAGGAGGGGCAUGGUCUACACGGAGAAGACAAGGCAUGCCUGAACUUGAUGCAGCCAACAAAUUAUUAAUUCAAGUGGACCAGUAAUGCCUGAUGUGCCUACUGUGUGCAGACACUGUCCUAUGUAAUGGGGAUUUAGUGGUGAGCAAGACUGAGAAGGUACUGCUGCUUAUGGAGCUUACAUUUUGGUGGAGGAAGACAGACAAAAACCAAGGAAAUAAACAAGAUAAUUUCAGAUAGUGUGUGAUUGUGGGAAGAUGGAGGAGUAUGAGAAAUUUUGUGAGAGAAGUCUUGCCAGACUCCAAGAAGCAUCACUACCCACAGAGAGCUUUCUACCUGUCCAGUCUGAAAGCAUCUCACUCAUUCGCUUCCAUGGAGUGGCUGUGCUUUCUCCACUGCUUAAUAGUGAGAAAAGGAAGGAAAUGCAACAAGAAAAGCAGAAAGCACUUGAUGUAGAAGCAAGAAAGCAGGUCAAUAGGAAGAAAGCUUUACUGACUCGUGUCCAGGAGAUUCUUGAAAAUGUUCAGGUUAGGAAAGCACCUAAUGCCAGUGAUUUUGAUCAGUGGGAGACUGAAACCAUUUACUCUAAUUCAGAAGUUAGAAACUUGAAUGUUCCUGCUACAUUUCCAAAUAUCUUGCCAAGCCCUACUGAACACUCUGCUUUAGGAAGGUUUGAAAAGGAAACUGGAAUUUUACCAUCGAAUAAUGAGGACCAAUUUAAAUCUAAUGGGAUAGACUUAGCUAGGGACUCAGAAGAAUUUAAUUCUCUGAAGCAAUGUGAUAAUUCAAAUACUAGCCAUGCAGAAAAUGAAGCUUCUGUGAAGACCUCCUCAGCUGCUGCACAAGAGACACUUACUUCUGCUGGCCUCUUUCCAACCAAUGAAGAACAGGAUCCAUCACUUUUGGAAGAAGUUACUCUGGAUCCCUACGUAAUGAGUCUUCAGAACCUGAUGAAAAAGUCAAAGGAAUACAUAGAAAGAGAGCAAUCUAGGCGCAGUCUGAGAAGUAGCACAAAGAGGAGUGUUAAUGAGAGUCAAUCAGACAGAGAGAACGAUGCUGUUAAAGUGGCUGACUGUGUAAAGGAGAAGGCCCCGUUGAUAGGCAAACUCUGUGGUUCAGUUAUUCCUGACAAACCAAGCCUUAAUAAAUCCAAUGUUCUUCUCCAAGGUGCUUCCACUCAAGCAAGCAGUGUGAAUACAUCAGUUUUAGGUAGCUUUUCUAAAGUGGAUAUACCUGUACGGUCUGGCUAUUCCACUGCUUUAGAGCCUGAUUCUGAUUUUAAAGGCAUUCCCACUUUUGUUACUGAAAAUAAUGUUAUCAAAAGUCUUACUGGUUCAUAUGCCAAAUUACCUAGCCCAGAGCCAAGCCUGAGUCCUAAAAUGCAUCGAAGGCGUUCAAGGCCUUCAUCAGCAUGUCAUAUACUUAUAAAUAACCCAAUAAAUGCUUAUGAAUUAAGUCCUAAAAGUAAAGAACAGACAGUAGACUUAGUUGUUCAAGAUACUGAUGAAAAAGCACACGUACCUGAAACUGUGCCAAAGUUACCAACUGAUUUAGCAGGAGUUUGUUCAAGCAAGGUUUAUGUCAGCAAAAAUACAUCUGAAGCCAUACAGGAAAUGGUUUUAGGUAAAUCAAAUCAGGUAUGUCAAUCUUCAGGAAAUCAAUUAGAAAAUAAAGUUAUCCAUGGACUUGCUGUGGCGGAAGGCCAGCCAGCAUCUGAUGGGAGAGGACCACACAGCAUGGACAGUGCAUGUUCUGCAGUGCAGAGAUUGCACGAGCCAUAUGCCACCAGUCAGUGUAUAACGGGUCAAAACUUUGGAACUGUGAGUGGACUCACGUCAGCCAGCGUGCUAGAGAAAAACUCCUGCAGUUUACCAGUGGAGCUGAAUAAGUCUUACGAUGUGAAAAACCCAUCUCCUUUACUGAUGCAAAACCAGAAUACCAGACAGCAGAUGGACACCCCUACAGUGUCCUGUGGAAGUGAACAGUUUUUGGAUAACAGUUUUGAGAAAGUUAAACGGAGACUUGAUUUAGAUAUUGACAAUUUGCAAAAAGAAAACUGCCCUUAUGUCUUAACAGCUGGAAUAGCUGAACAGGAAAGGCAACAUUUGCUGGAAAAAAGAUACCCUAAGGGACCUGUCUACAUCAACAAGAAUAAAAUGAUAGAAAGUAGUUCCAAAGAAGGCGAGGAGAUAUUAAAAAGCAAGAUGUUAGCUUUUGAAGAAAUGCGGAAGAGGCUAGAAGAGCAGCAUGCCCAGCAGUUGUCACUACUCAUAGCUGAGCAGGAGAGGGAGCAGGAAAGACUGCAGAAGGAAAUAGAAGAACAGGAGAAAAUGUUAAAAGAGAAGAAGGUGAUUACGGCGGAAGCCUCUGAAUUGGACAUGAACAAUGCUGUGGACUUAGAAUGGAGAAAGAUAAGUGACUCUGGUUUGCUAGAAACAAUGCUGUCUCAAGUGGACUCACUCCAUACUUCACAUUCAAAUAGUUCUGGUUUCACAAGUUCUGCCCUGCAACAUAGCUUUGGUUCUGCAAAGGACGUACCAUUCUACCUCUGGGGAUCAUCACCUAGUGGUUUGGCCACACUCUCAGUAACAAGGCCUUUUGGAAGGGCCAAAACUAAAUGGUCUCAGGUUUUCAGCCCAGAAGUACAAGCAAAAUUUAACAAAAUAACUGCAGUAGCAAAAGGAUUUCUUACUCGUAGGCUUAUGCAGACAGAUAAGCUGAAACAACUUCGACAAACUGUAAAAGAUACUAUGGAAUUCAUAAGAAGUUUCCAGUCGGAAGCACCAUUAAAGAGAGGAGUUGUUUCAGCACAAGAUGCUUCUCUUCAGGAAAGAGUGCUCGCUCAGCUGCGGGCUGCCCUGUAUGGUAUUCAUGACAUAUUCUUUGUGAUGGGCGCAGCUGAGAGGAUGUCUAUUCUCCAUCAUGACCGAGAAGCUCGCAAGGAGAAAAUGCUCAGGCAAAUGGAUAAAGUGAGAAGUCCCCGAGUGGCUCUUUCAGCUGCAACGCAGAAGUCUCUCGAUAGGAAGAAGUACAUGAAAGCUGCAGAAAUGGGAAUGCCAAAUAAGAAAUUUCUGGUUAAACAAAACCCUUCUGAAACAAGAGUCCUUCAGCCAAACCAAGGACAGAAUGCACCUGUUCAUAGGCUACUGAGUAGACAAGGAACCCCUAAGACCUCAGUGAAGGGGGUUGUGCAAAAUAGACAGAAGUCUUCACAGAGCAGAGUGCCUAACAGAGCGCCUGUUUCAGGAGUAUAUGCAGGAAAAAUCCAAAGAAAGCGGCCAAAUGUUGCGACAAUUUAAGAAGACAGCAUUCAUUAGGAUAAAAAAUGGGGGAAGGGUUAUGAUCCGUAUUGUUUCCCCUGUUCAAGCCUUUUUAUUUAACCCUGGACUCUGUUUACACAGGCAAAGUGACCGUCAAAGGACUGAGAAAUUAUCUGGAUGUUUUGGCCGAUCUGGCUAAUUCCUUCCCCAUAUGCCCAUUUUCCUCUUACCAGUAGUUUUGAGUGAAGACAAAUUAGUGUUUAGUAAUUGACUCAUUUCUGUCUUUAACCUGUACAAACAUAAGUGUUUUAUUACUCAGGUGUCUGCUGAGGACCCUUUUGUAAGCUUAAAGGACAUUUGGGUUUAUUUCUAUAAAAUACUGAAAAGGUGUGAUAUAAAUAAGAUCUGAAAUACGAAUUUCAUUCAUCUUUGCACACUGAUUGCUGAGUUUGAUAAAUUAGAUACCAUUCUACUGGGGAAAUUAUUGCAGGAGAAUAUUUUCCCUUGGUUUUGUAACAUUAAAAACUCUGAUUAAGCUCUCAUAUUCUUGGACUUAGAGUAUAACCACAUAGCAUAAAACACUGCCUGCUGAUUGUGGUCCAUCUAAAAUUUACCACAGAAGUUGCUGGGUGACACCAUUUUGGUCACAAGUACAUACUCCUCUCAACAACUAGUUGUCUUACAGAAAUGUUAGGCUUAAUGUAUGUUACCCCAGUACUGUUAGAAACGUUUCUACUUAAUUGGAAAAUAUUUCUGUGGGGGGUAAUGCAUUUGGGGAAGACAGCCCAAUCUUCUUGAAUGUAGCUUAGGAAAGAAUGCAUUGUUACAUCCAUUUCUAUAAAACAGAGUAACAUGUUGCAUGCAGUUAUAUUUUCUAUUUAGUCUUCUUAUUUUGUUUCUUCAUAGUCUGCUUUUUUUUUUUA